AUUUUUUUUGACUCUUUUGCAAACGAACCAGACCAACUUCAAUUCAACCUUUUUUUCUGUUCUUCAAUUCCGCCCUUGUUUUUAUAUACUUUUCUAUUUUUUCAUAAACCGACUUUACGAAAAUGGCCGUCGACAAGAAGAUUCCCAGCGAAGAAAUCGUCAACGAGAAGUUUGACCAGGCGACCGCCAACCUUUUGGUUAAGACCGGUCUUGGUCUGAGCGUCGGCAUUGUUGCGUCGGCUCUUUUGUUUAAGCGGCGGAUGUGGCCGGUCACCUUCUUUACUGGUGCCGGUGUUGGCGCUGCCUACGCUGAUGCCCAGAGGAUCUUUGAUUCUGUCAGCACGCUCGGACGACCGGUUUCUGCCAACAACGCACCCAGCACAGAGUCAAAGAAUGCUGCGUAGAUUUGUUUACAGCGGAUGAUGAAGGAGUUAUAUAUCGGGAGUAUGUAUAACCCAAGUUAGCAGUAUAGGUUUUUUUGCUGUCUGCGGAGCAUGGCGUAUCGACUAUGGAAUAUGGUUUCUGCUACGUUUGCACACUUUUUAUUGAGCAAAAUAUAUGCGCUAAUAGCAGAAAUUUAGCUUUGUGUCUUUAAAACGAUUAAUUG